ACACUUCCGCUGUGCGUUCACUUGUCACUGAGCAGUUCGGCAGAGCAUUGCGCAAAAAAACUCCCAUUUCCUCCUCUAAUGAGAUCUGAACUCGUCUCUUCUACUUAUGUUUUCAUGGCACAGGAAGUGAGUGAUGACCCCCCACCUGACACCUGUACUUCUGCCCAGUGUCAAUUGAUGUUGUGCUUUUUUACAUAAUGUUGCCAGAUUUAUUGUCGUUUACACCGAUUUCCUCCUCCUUCUUCCCCUGGGACUUGCUGGUAUAGUGGACCCCGGGACCUCAUGCUUUCUUAAAAAGCAGAAGCACAAACUUCCUGUGUCUCCGCCAUUGAGCGUAAGGCGGAUAAGGCGGAAGUGAAACACAGUUCAUCUGCAGCUGCAGCUGCACCCAUGGCCUCCCAGAGUUCUCUUACCAUCCUCAUGGACCUCAUAUCUGUUUCCUGAUUUCUACCGUUUAGCCAGAGGUAGGCAGCCAGCUGCUGGACACGGAGCACCAUUAAGAGGAAUAGGACCUCCGGAUUUCUCUUGACACGAAUUGUCAAUGGUUCCCUCUCGCUGAGGAAGCAUGGAGAGCCACCAGGACUCGGUUCAGAUUGGGGAGAACAAGUUUAUUGGCAAGGUUGAACUUUUGACUUAUCUGAAAACAUACAACCUGUACUACGAGGGACAGAACCUGCAGCUGAGGCAUCGGGAGGAGGAGGAUGAGCUCAUUAUUGAAGGCCUGCUUAAUAUAUACUGGGGUUUGAAUCGGCCAAUCCGUCUGCAGAUGCAAGAUGACAAUGAGCGAAUCAAGCCACCCCCAUCAUCCACUUCUUGGCAUUCAGGCUGCACCCUGGAGGAGGCACAGAGGGUUGACAUCUCAAUAACAGUGACUGAGGCAGACAGUAUUGAGGAAUCUGCACAGAAAAGCACAGGUCAAGAGGAUGAAGAGUCACCACAGUUAAUGCGGACAAAGAGUGAUGCUGGUGUGUUCCGCCGAGGGCCCCAGCGCUCUGCCAGCGACCAAAGGCGUAUCCGGAGGCACCGUUUCUCCAUUAAUGGCCAUUACUACAACCACAAGACUUCUGUCUUCACCCCCAAAUUCGGGUCCAUGACAAAUGUGAGGAUCAACAGCACCAUGAGCACUCCACAGGUCCUACGGCUGCUGUUAAACAAGUUUAAGAUUGAAAACUCCCCAGAUGAGUUUGCUUUGUACCUGGUACACACCAGUGGAGAACGGCAGAGGCUAAAAAGCACAGAUUACCCUUUGCUGGUGCGGAUCCUGCAGGGCCCCUGCGAGGAAGUUUGCCGGAUCUUCCUGUUGGAGAAAGAUUGGAGUGAAGUCACUUAUGAUGUUGCUCAGUACAUUAGGUUUGAAAUGCCUGUACUGAUUAGCUUCAUCACCAAGCUGCAGGAAGAAGAGGACCGUGAGGUGCAGAAGCUGAAAAGCAAGUACAAUGUCAUGCGCUCAAUGAUUGAACAGAGGAUCAUCCAAUACAGACCAGAGGGGCCCACUGCCAUGUGACUUUUAUGCCCCCCGUCUCCACCCCUUGAGAUUAUCAAAGUGCUUCCUUGCUGGCUUUGCCAAGCUUUGCCUUAUCUUCCUAUAACGUUCCAGGUUUGCGUCAGCUUGCUGUUUCAUUCCUGAAAGUCCUUGGUACAAGAUGUAGUUAUCAUGGGCAACAUAAGUAGCUGAAAAGUGUCCCAACUGGAUGCCGUGGAAAGGUCCCAGGUGCCUCCUGAGGGAAUGUGUCUGCCAACAAGAGGAGAGUUGCUGCAGUUUCUAUUUCUGCAGACAAAUUGCUUAAUUAUUGAAAAGUGAAGGACCUGGGGACAAAGCCCCCAGUGUGAAGCAAUAAUUCAGAAAGUGACUUUUUUGAGCUCCGUUCCAGUAUGAUUAAUAGUCACCUAUAGGGAAAGGAAAAAGACAAAUUAAGAAGAUGAUCAAAAAUGAUAAGGGGUCAGCAGAGAGGAAGAGCUCUGCCGAGUGGCCACAGUCCUUUUACCUUCAGCCUUGCACACCCCGCUCCUUUGGAGUCAUCCUUGUUCUAAAAUAUGAUAUCAGUAAGAAUAUUUAGCUUUUCAGAUGCUCUCUAUGUUACUUAUUUCUGAAGUGUAUACAACCAGAGUAGAAAUUUUAUUAAAAUAUUUUUUUGCA